GACACAGCCAGAGCACUGAGAGAUAUCAGGAAUUGAUUGAAUAAGGGAACCUUCUUCCUGAGCACAGACAUUGGAGCCUGUUAUCAGCAUGAACUCAUAUGUGUUAGACAAACACUUGAAUAGUUCAUAUCCAUCCUUCACUAUAGGAAGCAUCAGAAUGAUACCGCAAACUCCAAAAGUCUUAGACACUAAUGACUAUUUACAAACAUUGGGGAUGUCACAGCAGAUAUUUAGAGAGGAUGGUGACUUGGCAGGAACUGGGCAGCAAUCAUUAUGUACAGAGAGUAAUUUAGUCAUCAAACAAGAGGACAACAUUUAUGACUUAUCUAGUGAAAUGAUUAUCCCAAAGGAUAAACCACACACAUUUAAUGAGUACUCAAAAGAUAUUAAAGAAGUGAAAAGUCUACAGUCUAGCCAAAUGAUGCAUUCAAAGGAGAAACCUUUCAGAUGUACAGAAUGUGAGAAAAGCUUUAGAUGGAAGUCUCAUCUACUAGAACACUACAAAAUUCACACAGGUGAGAAACCACACACAUGUACUGAGUGCAGCAAAUGUUUUACACGAAUAGAUCAUCUGAAAACUCAUAAGAGGAGUCACACAGGAGAAAAUCCUUUCACAUGUACAGAGUGUGGAAACAUUUUUACACAAAAGAGAUAUCUGAAAAGUCAUGAAAUGAUUCACACUGUAGAAAAGCUUUUCACAUGUACAGAGUGUGGAAAAUGUUUUAAACAAAAGAGAUAUCUGAAAAGUCAUGAAAGGAGUCACACAGGAGAAAAGCCUUUCACAUGCACAUUGUGUGGAAAAAGUUUUACAGAAAUGAGUAGUCUGAAAUAUCACAAAAGGAUUCACACAGGAGAAAAGCCUUUCACAUGUACAGAGUGUGGAAAAAGUUUUACACUAAAGAGUAAUCUGAAAACUCAUGAAAGGAUUCACACAGGGGAAAAGCCUUUCACAUGCACAGAGUGUGGAAAAAGUUUUACAGAAAUGAGUAGUCUGAAAUAUCAUGAAAGGAUUCACACAGGAGAAAAGCCUUUCACAUGUACAGAGUGUGGAAAAAGUUUUACAGAAAUGAGUAAUCUGAAAUAUCAUGAAAGGAUUCACACAGGGGAAAAGCCUUUCACAUGUACAGAGUGUGGAAAAAGUUUUCCACAAAAGAGUAGUCUGAAAACUCAUGAAAGAAUUCACACAGGAGAAAAGCCGUUCACAUGUGCAGAGUGUGGAAAAAGUUUUACAGAAAUGAGUAGUCUGAAAUAUCAUGAAAGGAGUCACACAGGAGAAAAGCCUUUCACAUGUACAGAGUGUGGGAAAAGUUUUCCACUAAAGAGUAGUCUGAAAACUCAUGAAAGGAUUCACACAGGGGAAAAGCAUUUCACAUGUAUUGAGUGUGGGAAAAGUUUUACACAAAAGAGAAAUCUGAAAACUCAUGAAAUGAUUCACACAGGGGAAAAGCCUUUCAUAUGUACAGAGUGUGGAAACAGUUUUACACGAAUGGAUCGUCUGAAAACUCAUGAAAGGAGUCACACAGGGGAAAAGCCUUUCACAUGUACAGAGUGUGGAAAAAGUUUUACACGAAUGUAUAAUCUGAAAACUCAUGAAAGGAGUCACACAGGAGAAAAGCCGUUCACAUGUACAGAGUGUGGAAAAAGUUUUACAGAAAUGAGUAGUCUGAAAACUCAUGAAAGGAGUCACACAGGAGAAAAGCCAUUCACAUGUACAGAGUGUGGAAAAAGUUUUACACAAAUGGAUAAUCUUAAAACUCAUGAAAAGAUUCACAAGGGAAGAAACCUUUCACAUCACUUGAAUAGUUCAUAUCCAUCCUUCACUAUAGGAAGCAUCAGAAUGUUACCGCAAACUCCAAAAGUCUUAGACACUAAUGACUGUUCACAAACAUUGGAGAUAUCACAGCAGAUAUUUAGAGAGGAUGGUGACUUGGCAGGAACUGGGCAGCAAUCAUUAUGUACAGAGAGUAAUUUAGUCAUCAAAGAAGAGGACAACAUUUAUGACUUAUCUAGUGAAAUGAUUAUCCCAGAGGAUAAACCACACACAUUUACUGAGUACUCAAAAGAUAUUAAAGAAUGGAAAAGUCUACAGUCUAGCCAAAUGAUGCAUUCAAAGGAAAAAACUUUCAAAUGUACAGAAUGUGAGAAAAGCUUUAGAUGCAAGUCUCAUCUACUGGAACACUACAAAAUUCACACAGGUGAGAAACCACACACAUGUACUGAGUGCAGCAAAUGUUUUACACGAAUAGAACAUCUGAAAACUCAUAAAAAGAUUCACACAGGAGAAAAUCCUUUCACAUGCACAGUGUGUGGAAAAAGUUUUAAAGAAAUGAGUAUUCUGAAAUAUGAAAGGAUUCACACAGGGGAAAAGCCUUUCACAUGCACAGAGUGUGGGAAAAGUUUUACACAAAUGGAUCGUCUGAAAUAUCAUGAAAUAAUUCACACAGGAGAAAAGCCUUUUACAUGUACAAAGUGUGGAAAAAGUUUUCCACUAAAGAGUAGUCUGAAAACUCAUGAAAGGAUUCACACAGGGGAAAAGCCGUUCACAUGUACAGAGUGUGGAAAAAGUUUUAAAGAAAUGAGUAGUCUGAAAUAUCAUGAAAGGAUUCACACAGGAGAAAAGCUUUUCACAUGUACAGAGUGUGGGAAAAGUUUUCCACGAAAGAGUAGUCUGAAAACUCAUGAAAGGAUGCACACAGGGGAAAAGCCUUUCACAUGUACGGAGUGUGGGAUAAGUUUUUCACAAAAGAGUUAUAUGAAAACUCAUGAAAGGAUUCACACAGGGGAAAAGCCUUUCACAUGUACGGAGUGUGGGAUAAGUUUUACACAAAAGAAGCAUCUGAAAACUCAUGAAAUGAUUCACACAGGGGAAAAGCCUUUCAUAUGUACAGAGUGUGGAAAAAGUUUUCCACGAAUGGAGCGUCUGAAAACUCAUGAAAGGAGUCACACAGGAGAAAAGCCAUUCACAUGUACAGAGUGUGGGAAAAGUUUUACACAAAAGAGUUAUAUGAAAACUCAUGAAAGGAUUCACACAGGGGAAAAGCCUUUCACAUGUACGGAGUGUGAGAAAAGUUUUACACAAAAGAAGCAUCUGAAAACUCAUGAAAUGAUUCACACAGGGGAAAAGCCUUUCACAUGUACAGAGUGUGGAAAAAGUUUUACAGGAAUGAGCAGUCUGAAAACUCAUGAAAGGAGUCACACAGGAGAAAAGCCAUUCACAUGGAAAAAGUUUUACACUAAUGGAUCGUCUGAAAACUCAUGAAAGGAGUCACACAGGG